GAGAGAGAGAGAGAGAAAGAAAGAAAGAAAGAAAGAGAGAAAGAGAGAGAGAGAGAGAGAAAGAGAAAAGAGGAAGAAAAGGGGUUGGAGGAGAGAGAGAGA